UCGGAACACAGCAGAGACCGCCUGGUCUGGCGCGCGUUAAUUUGAAUGCGCUCCUGGGACCACUGCAGGACUGAGGAGAGGUCUCGGGACCUGCGCGCGGGCCACCACUGCGAGGGUAGAGGCUGGAGGAGAGCCGGGCGCUCUGUGGAACACCGGGGAAUUCAAUUAAGAUGGCAACUAUUACUCCAAGGAAGAGGAAGCGGCCUUCUGUGAACUGUGACAGCUUAUUAUCUUCAUCAAAGAAGUUAAUUAUGGACUUUACUGAAAAUCUGUUUCCAUCACCUAGUAAAAAGCACACUUAUCAAAACAGUGAUGAAAGUGAAGAAAAGCUAUAUUUUUCUCAAAAAGGCCAUUUCAUUUCAAGUCCACUCAAGAAAAUUAAAAAAAACAGAUUGCCAUCUGCAAGUCAUAGCUCACCAUUUAAAUCUGCUGUACCCACUGUGUCUUUUUACAAUAAAGACAAUAAAGAUAAGUGGUAUCUUAAUCCACUGGAGAGAAAGCUGGUGAGAGAGAGUAGAUCCACUUACCUAAAAACUAAUAAUGAAGAUAAAUCUUUUCCCAGAAUGACAGAAAAAAUACAGGGAAAACCAAUCUGCACCAAGAAGAAGAAUAAAAAAACACAGAAGAGUUUAACUGCUAAGUAUCAAUCAAGUUAUAAGCACAUCAAGCCUAUAUCAAGAAAUGCUAAGCAUUCCAAGCAAAAUCGGAUGUCCUAUAAGCCAGUUGUGGAAAAAGAGAAUAAUUGUUAUUUAGCUGAAAAUAAUCCAAAUACUCCUAGGGUUCUAAGCCAAAAAAUAAAACCACAAGUUACACUCCAGGGUGGAGCAGCAUUUUUUGUUAGUAGAAAAAAACUUUCUCUUAGAAAAUUGCCUCUGGAAAAUAAGCCAUCACUGGAACUCACCCCAAAAAAUAAACCAGAAGUGAUUAAAAAGUCUGAGAUAGAGACUGCAUGUGAAAGAAAAACUUUUGUGAAAAGUCAAGUGCCAAAGUGCUUGUUAAUAGAAAAGAAAUUGAAUGUGGAGCUGAGUACAAAAAGUAAAGAUGAAGAGGAAUUAAUAAAGGAUUCAUUAGGUGAAGUAGUUUCUUCAAAGGAAUAUAAACUUGAUGAAAAUAAGCAUUUUUCACCAGAAGAUUCUCUUGGUGAGAACAAAACAGUUUCUCUGGAGUCCGAUGUUUAUCCCAUCUUCAGUGUGUCUUCAGUCAAUACAAAAAGAUCUCUCGCUGAAGAACAGUCUUCUGUGGGAUCCAUCAGCUGUACUGAUUUCUUGAAACAGACCAACACACAGAAAAAUCUGAAUACCAGAGAUACAAAUAAAGAAACAAAUGCCCAGCUCAUCAUUGAUGCAGGUCAGAAACAUUUUGGUGCUACUAUUUGUAAAUCUUGUGGCAUGAUCUAUACUGCUUCCAACCCUGAAGAUGAAAUGCAGCAUGUCCAGUAUCACCACAGAUUUCUGGAAGGAAUCAAAUAUACAGGCUGGAAAAAAGAACGUGUAGUAGCAGAGUUUUGGGAUGGGAAGAUUGUAUUGGUCCUGCCACAUGAUCCAGCUUAUGCUCUCAGAAAGGUAGAAGAUGUCCAAGAACUUGUUGAUCAUGAAUUGGGCUUCCAGCAAGUUGUUCCCAAAUGUCCCAACAAAACCAAAACUUUCCUCUUUGUAUCUGAUGAAAAGAGAGUCGUUGGGUGUUUAGUUGCAGAGCCCAUCAAACAGGCCUUCCGUCUCUUGUCUGAACCAAGUGGCCCAGAAUCCUCAAACUCUAAAGAAUGUCCCAGAGCUUGGCAAUGUUCAAAUGUUCCUGAACCUGCAGUCUGUGGGAUAAGUAGAAUCUGGGUUUUCAGACUGCAGAGAAGAAAGCGCAUUGCAAGACGACUGGUGGAUACUGUCAGGAAUUGCUUCAUGUUUGGCUGUUUUCUCAGCACCAAUGAAAUAGCAUUUUCUGACCCAACACCAGAUGGCAAGUUAUUUGCAACCAAGUACUGUAAUACCCCUAAUUUCCUUGUGUACAAUUUUAAUAGUUAAGACCAACUAUAAAAGCAGUUACUACAUGGAUAAAUUCACAUAGCUUCUUAUCAUACAAUAUAAAUUAAUAUCAAAGUAAGAAAUGCCCAGACACACACACACACACCCCUAUACCUCAUAGUUUUGUUUCUUGUGUGUUGAAAAUCCAGGGAUAAAUUUGGUGAAAAUUAUCUGGGAAUUAAAAGAAAGGAAAAAUCUUUGGAUAA